AUGUCGAAAAAGGCGGCAGAGAUGCGCAUGAGGAAAAAGAACAGCAUCAAGUCGGUUGGGAAGGAUUUGAACAGAACUGAGAUGGAGGAAAUGCAGAAGCAGAUGAAAAUGUUUAAAGAGGGACUUGAGUCGUUUGCAGAGAAGCAUCAAGAGGAAAUUAAAAGAAACCCUGAUUUGCGUGGGAAGUUUUUUGGGCUGUGUAGGAGAAUGGGAGUUGAUCCUUUAAGAUCACAAAAGGGAGUGCUGUCUGUGUUAUUUGGGAAUGCACAAUUUCUGAAUGAACUCACUGUACAAGUGAUAGAAGAGUGUUACAAAUCAAGAGGAUUAAAUGGAGGACUUAUUGCAUUAGAACAGUUGUGCGCCAAUUUGAAUAUGAAAAGAAAUCUACAAGGAACAGAGAUAAAAGCGUCGGACAUUUCAGACGCAAUUCGAUUUGCUAACUGCCUUGGGAAUGGAUUACAGAUUGUCGAAAUCCAUGGGAAGAAAUUUGUGACGAGUGUACCAUUUGAAUUUGGAGAGGAUCAAACUUUGUUGCUUGGACUUUUGGAAGAUAAGCCGUAUUUUGUUGAUAAAGAAUUAACACAAAUUGGAUGGUCGCGCGAGAGAAUAAAGGCUGCAUGUAUGGGACUGAUGGACGAAGGUGUUUUGUGGGUCGAUGACCAAUUUCCAUGUGACGAAAAAGAAGAAGAAAAAAUGGACGAUGAUUUGGAUAUUGAAGUACUCGACAAUUUAUCACAAAAGAAUGUUGAAAAGGCAUAUUGGAUUUCUAAGUUUACUGUGUAA